UCUCUCUCUCUCCAUCUCUCUCACUCCCACUCACCCUAUCUCUUUCUCGCUCCCUGUGUGACUCAUUCGCUCUCGACCUCACAUGCAGCCUCACGGAUCUCCUGUGUUAACAGGGCUGGAGAGGAGACCUGCCUUCCCCAGAAGUUCUGAAGUGGCACACCCUCUGAACCAAGAAGAGCCACAGCCAUUCACUGAAUCCAAGGACCUGAGUAUCAAGGAAGAGUAGCAUAGAAUGUUCUGUUCUUAGGAAUGGGCUUCCACAGAUGACAGAAGAAAAAGAAUGGAAUUAUAACUUGGAUAGCAGUGCUUGAGAACCUGAGUUCGUGAAUCGGUUCCUCACAUCCUCCCAUUAUACUGACUCCGUUCAUCUUGAAAUAAUGUUUACCUAUUAUUCAAGGUUUACUCAGUUUGGACUGUGCUUACAUUUCACAGAAAAUUCAACGUUUUUUAAAUAACACUACUAUUAAUGAACGUACAUCAUUUUAGAAAAGUGAGGCGGUCAACAAAUUCAACAAAUUCCAGGCCUGUCAUCUGACCAGAGGCUUUUCCCCCAUUUUAUGGAGGUCUCACGUAGUCAAGUAAGUACUGGGGAGAAGUCUGGAGGUGCAGUACAUCCUCAAGAAGAGUCUUCACUCAGCAACUCAGAACAACCAUCUUACUCUCCACAACAGCAGCAAACACCGUGCUCCCAGAAGCAGUAUGGAUCACCUCGUCCCAAACAGACAAAGCGAUUUCGUCACGAGAGGAAGCGGUUCAGGCUACAGAAGAAGAACGUCCAGGAAACGGAUGCUCCCGAGAGGGAGAAAUCGACAUGGGCUUCUGGGAGUUCUGAAAGCACAGCGUCUGCUUCUGGUGGGAAGGCCACUGAAGUCUCAUCUUCAACAACAUCAGCACUAACUUGCUCCGUGGAGGCCCAAGAAAGCACACCGAAACAAAAACGUGAGCGUAAACCUCAGAAGCCGGGAAAGUAUGUAUGCACCUACUGUGGCCGUGCCUGUGCUAAGCCCAGUGUUCUACAGAAACACAUACGAUCCCACACUGGAGAGAGACCUUAUCCUUGUGCGCCAUGUGGUUUUUCCUUCAAAACCAAGAGCAACCUUUAUAAGCACCGGAAAUCCCACACCCAUAGGGUGAAAGCUGGCCUGGCGUCAGGGAUGGAAGGACCAGGUGUGAGUUGCCCAGAAGAGCCAGUUACAGAAUCAGAUGAAGAAUCUGGUCAGACAUCCUCAUCGUUUACUGUUAAAAAUCAAGGGAUGAUAUCGUCUCAAAGAACUUCUUGUACAGAAGUAUCCCCUAAAGUGCAGUCACAAGAGAUGGAGCAUUCCCAUGCUGUCAAAAAGAGAUUAGCGAUGAGGCUUAGCAGAGGAAGACAGGCUCCUGUGAGCUCAUCUGAUGAGGCUGCCUCAUCAUGUGGGCUAGGCAGCAAAGGCAGCACAGAAUCUGGCUAUUUCUCUCGCUCUGAGAGCACAGAUGUGUCUCAGGACAGUCCGCCGAACACAAGUGCCAAAACCUAUGCUGAGGUCAUCCUUGGCAAAUUUGGCCGCCUCGGCCAUUUACAGAGAUCUGCUCGUCAUCAGCAUGAACACUCUGGAGGACAGGAGACGAGGACCAUCCCUUUCACAGUGCCUAAAAAGCAAGUCAUUGACCACAUCACCAAGCUCAUCACCAUCAAUGAAGCAGUCGUAGACACAAGCAAGAUCGAUAGUGUUAAGCCCAGAAGGUUUUCUCUCUCCAGAAGGAGCAGCGUGGAAUCAAAGGCAUCUCUUUCCAAAGAAACACUCCUUCAUAGUGCGAAGGAUAUUGAAAUUAGUCCAAAAAGCAGUGGGUCCAUCACCCUUGGGGUUCCGUGCGAGAAAUUCCAGCACCACUCCCUCAGUAUCAGCCAACCAGCUGACCUUUCAUCCACUGUUCCUCUUAUGAGGAGUCACUCCUUACCUUUGGAAGCAAGUGCUGCAUCCACUGCUAGUUCGCGUAGCCUUCGUCUCAGCCAGUCAUUUGAAGAACAACAGCCAGCUCAGAGUCGGCGGCAUGGUGUGCUUAGACGCCAGCCUGCCAUCGAACUGCCCAUAGGUGCGGAAAUUGCUACCGAGGAACAGCUCAGUUCGAGCUCACCUCUUCAUCUCUCAGUCUCUACGGUGCCUGAAUGUAAGCAAAAACAUUUAGAACCAUUUGAGUGUAAAGCAUGUGGAAUUGCUUGCAACAGCUGGGAAAAAUACAAAACACAUAAGCACCACCAAUGCUUAGCCCGUCUAUCUCAACAACUUGAAAUUCCUGCAUGUCACGCAGAGGAACAUGGAUCGCUUUAUAAAACCCGACCUGGUGCUUUAGCAAUACGAAAGAGAAGAAAGGAAGAGAGCCUAGAACUCGAUGAUCCUACUUUAUCACCAGUUUCCAUUCCAUCUACAUUUACACCACCACAAGGAUCUAUUGCAACAUGUGAAAAGUCCACUAUAGAAUCUAUUGCAUCCUCACAAGUCCAUGACAAGGAGAGUGCUCUUAAAGGAGUGUCUGUGAUACAGCAUACUAGUUUAUUUGAUAAACAGGAACCAAUUUUGAGAACUCAAGGUGCAUAUGAGGCUACUAAAGACAAACUUUUGUCUUGUGAUCUACACCAAGCUUUCACUGACUCUCACUCGAAGGAACAGACAGCAAAGCCAGCCUUCCGUAAGCUUGUACGUCAACACAAUGUUCAAGUGCCAGAGAUUUUGGUCACAGAAGAUACAAACACCAACCUGCCAGUGUCACCGGAUGUCUCUGAUAUCAAAGAGACAGAAAAAGUUGGGGACUUCCAGUGGCCCCAGAGAAGCCCGACACUGGCCCAACUUCCUAUUGAGAAGUUGCCACCAAAAAAGAAGAGACUUCGCCUUGCAGAGGCAGCACAGUCAUCUGGUGACUCGAGUUUUGAAUCAUUAUCAUUACCUCACAGUCCAACUCAAGAGAGUUCUAUGUCUCACACAUCCAGUUAUUCCACCUCACACGAAGAAUCUGUCAAAAAUGAUGUAGACAGGAUGUCAUCCAGAAGGUCGAGAGCUCCUCAUACUUUGACAAUCCCUACAGGUCCUCACCAGCCUCAUAGAGAGAUGCGACGUUCUGCCUCAGAGCAAGCCCCUCACGUUCCUCAGCAGACAAAUCCCACCAUUGAAGCCAGGAGUAAGUCCUUUGAUUAUAGCUGUCUGUCCCCUGACCGCACACCUGCAGGCUGGAGGGAAAGGCGCAAAUGCCUCCUGUUAAGGCAUUCUGUCGUAAGAGAGCCAGAGGAAGAGGACCCAACCCCGAAACCAGCUCCUAAUGUAAACUCCCCUUCGGCAAGUACCAGCAUUUCCCCAAGAAAUGGCCCUGACACUACUCAGUCCCCUGGGCCGUCUACGUCCCAUAACGUGUCUUUAGGCAAUACAGUGCGUCCUUCAUUCUCUCACACACGUGCCAGUCAGUGGCAGCUGAAUCAGCCCCCUGGUGUCUCAGAGAAUGUCUUGGUGGGCCAAAAUGUUCCAGAUAAUGUACUGCAGGUCACCACCCUGGUCCAUACUGACCCCCAUACAGUCAUGGAAAGUCCACAGUGUCCAUCAGGUGCUGCAAGAGCGCAUUACUCCUCAGUGUCCACAGGUCUUAAGCUUGAGAUCCCCAUAGAGGAAAACGUUGGGGAAUCAGCUUCAAGUGUUCACUCAGCACACCUUCCCCACUGUCUUCAUUACCAGCAUUUACAUCAUAACAUUAAUCCGAGCCAAGAGCUGUUGAGGCCCGUCGGUAUGCAAAGAGUACCAGUUCGCCUCCAUUCAGACUUACCUUGUCAUGCCAGUGCUGUCUACACUACGCUGUCCCAGGCAGUGGCUGCAAGAUCUCAGGAUACCAGCUGCUCUGGUGUGAGAUUAGAUUCUACAACAUCCAAAUUUGAUUUCAGGGAGCAGCAGUCAGUUUCUGAGGGUUCCAAGUCCUGCGGUUCAGGGGGGAACAAGCGAGUGCUGUCCCCUACAAGCAGCGUGGAGUUCAGCCAAGAGAGUCAACAACAGAAACGAGUGAAGGAGGAGGAAGAGGAGGAAGAGGAAGAGGAGGAGGACAAAGACAAUGCAAAGAACAGCGCCGAGAGUUUGAUUGGCAGCAAAACAGAGGGUCCGAUGUGUGCUCAAAGUCCCGUUGUCCCAACAUGCAAAAAAGAUGCUUCGUUUCCUUCUCUUUACACAGACCUUACAUUCAGCUGGUGCUAUCUAAACUACAUCAAGCCAAAUCCAUCUGCCCAAAGUGACAACCAAAAUUCCGUCUAUUCUUCUUGGUGCAUAAGCCCUCGGAACCCCAACCCUCCAGGCCUAACCAGCAAGGAAGUACUUUCCUUACUGUGCUGCAAGCAGAGACAAACUUCUUUCACCUACACUAUGGCAGCCAUGCCGCCUUCUGUAGUGGAGAAACCAGACGUUCUGGACUCCAGGGAUCCAAAGGUAUCUGAGGUACAUGCCACUCAGUCCACAGACUCCACAGAGGUCCAGCAAGCUGAGCAGACGGAGCAAGAAGCAUCACCAAAGAGGGAGAGAGGGGAGGAAGUGCUGUCUACCUCCACGUACGAUGAGGUCCCGCGGGUGCAGAUCUGUGAAGGAGGCUACAGGUCCAGCGAGGAGUACGUGUACGUGCGUGGCCGCGGGAGGGGCCGCUACGUGUGUGAGGAGUGCGGCAUCCGCUGCAAGAAGCCCAGCAUGCUGCGCAAGCACAUCCGCUUGCACACCGAUGCCCGGCCCUACGUCUGCCAGCACUGUAACUUCGCCUUCAAAACCAAAGGGAAUCUGACCAAACACAUGAAGUCGAAGGCCCAUGGGCAGCGCUGUCCUGAAGGGACGACUCCAGGCCCUGUGCUGUGCGAGCUGGAGACUGAGGAAGGAGGUGGCGAUGGUGAGUGCGCGGUUGUGACGGCAGUUGCCGAGGAGCACCAGUUCUCCGACGCUGAUGACGCCGACGAGGAAGAGGAUGACGACAACGAGGAAGCUGAAGAGGAAGCGUCUCGCUCUUCUGCCUCCUCCGCGAGCCGCUCUCUCUCGGGCGAAGACCGAGGUCCUCGGACGGCGUCCAGGGCCACGGCCUGGGCCAGGCAGCCUUCCAGUCUGAGUCCUGCCAAGCCAGACCGCUGCAGGGGGGUAGCCUCUCCCAGCACACCUGCCCUCGCAGGCGUGUCCUCGUCCCCCAUACGCAGUGUCUCACCCGGCUUGCACCUGUCCCCUGCUCUUCCCCGGUCCCCUGGACGGGAUCCGUCCCCGUUGCGAUGCCUCUCUCCCAGACUGAGUCUCUCGCCAUCCCCCUGCCAGUCUUCCCUGUCCCCAUCGAGUCAGUCGGUCUCACCUUUCUCAGCGAAGCACCCGUCCCCGGUCCGCGCUCUGUCCCCCAUGCGGCCCGGUUCCCCAAGCGGUCCACUGAGCUCUGUCGUUGGGGCCUGUGUGAUGGUUCAGCACCGAGCCUACAGACGCAGAGACGCAGCCAAGUGCUCACCCAACAGGUUCAAACCAAAAGCCAAGCUGGAGAAUACUUGCAGCACUCAGAGGAGGGGCUGUCAGCCACAGUCUCCUCCCCGAGGGCUCGUCUCCAGGCAGGGGCCAGCCAGGGAGGGCCAGCGAGUGCUCAGCCACCUGCCCCUGCACUCCCAGCCGCUGGGCGUGAGCGCAGGCCUCAGCCUCAUGAUCCCCAUAGGGGGGAUCCAGAUGGUCCAGUCUCGCUCUGCUCUCCAGGCCCGGCGGCCAGGGCUCAACUCCCCCGCCACCCAGGUGACCCUCCUGGCAUCGGGCAGGGAGAGAGACGCGAGGGGCAGCCCUCCAACCGAGGCCCAGCAACGCGGCCCCGCCCGCGCCGCACGGAACCAAACAUCUGUGACGUGCCAGUCAGGGGAAGAUAAAAAGAGGGAAGCUCCGAGCGCUCCCCUGACGACCUGGAAGUGCAUAUCACAGCGGAAAGAGAGGAAGCGAGGGGCCGCCUGUCGCACGAUCCCCCUCACCCACUUCCACAAAGGCGCGCCGAUCAGGCGGAACGCGCAGACGCCCUCGGACAGCGUGGCCGUGCCCAAGAGCUCUUGGAGUGAAAGGGCCUCUUCCAUAUCAAGUAACAGAGAGAACUCUUUAAGAGAAAAGGCUCUAGCGCCAGUAUCUGGGACAAAUACAGGGAAGGUGGACAGAAUACCUUAACAUUAACCGCACCAAAAUCAUCUAUGCCCCAUCUGAGCACUUGGGAAUUAUUCCCCUUUCCAUGUAAUUAUGUACAUAUGUAAAUGCAUCAUAUAAAUGUAUGUAUAUUGUUCUCUAUCUGUACUCUAUAAUCAU